AUGAAUUCCAUUAAGGUGUUUUUGAAUUCAAUUGACAAUCUAAUGCCUAAUGAAGGUAAAGAUGAUGAUCUGCAACUCAAUGAAACUGGAGAAGGAGAAAUGAUCAGAGAGAAGGAUAUUGAGGGAGCUGAACAAGAACAAGAAGAGGGCCAAGACCUUGAAGAGAAGCAAGACCAGCAAAAAGUACAAAGCAAUGAUAACCUUAAUGAUAAUGAAAAUAAUGAACAAACUCAAGGAUUAGGAUUAUCCUUUGAAACACAAACGGAAUCUGAACAAGCAAAUCAAAAAAAUGGAAUAUUUACCAUGUUAAUCAAUGGCAUUGUGUUCAUUCCCAAUUUGAUAUUCAUAAAACCUUUAGUUCUUUUCUGGAAUAUCCUUCUUUAUCCAAUAAAUUAUCUUAUUAAGAGUAUUGAAUUGAACAACUAUCAAAUUAAUUCUAAAACUGAAUUGAUCAAACAUGAAAACAUUUUAUCAAAUAACAUCAAAUCCCCUUCAUCAUCCUCAAAAUUCAUUAUACCACCACCUCAAAGAUUAUUCCCUUUAGUUAGGAAUCCUCAAAAGAUAAAACGAAAGACCUUAGUUUUGGAUUUGGAUGAAACUUUGAUCCAUUCAUUAUCCCAAGGGUCUCCCAGAACAUUAACCAAUAAUAAUUCUAGUGUUAUUGAAAUCAAAUUGAAUAAUAUUGCUACAUUAUAUCAUGUUCAUAAAAGACCAUAUUGCGACUUCUUUCUCAAAGAAAUAAGUAAAUGGUUUGAUCUUUAUAUUUUCACCGCAAGUGUUAAAGAAUAUGCCGAUCCAAUUAUUGAUUGGUUGGAACUGGAAAUUCCUUCUCCAGUUUUCAAAAAGAGGUUUUAUAGAAAUGAUUGUACCUAUAGAAAUGGUGUCGGGUACAUUAAAGAUUUAUCAAAAUUUUUCGAAUCUGAUGAAUUGAAAAAUACAAUCAUUUUAGAUAAUUCACCUAUAAGUUAUGCAUUACAUGAAGAUAAUGCCGUAGGAAUCGAAGGUUGGAUCAAUGAUUUAGGUGAUAAAGAAUUGUUAAAUCUUUUACCAAUGUUACAAAGUUUAUCUAUAUGUAUUGAUGUUAGAUUCAUUUUAGGAUUAAAACAAGGGGAAAAAAUCAUUGAAUAG